CCUGGUUUGUUUAAUACGUGGUGGCUACUGGCUUUCCAACUUGCACGAGUUUGAUUUUGUGUCAUACAUUAAAGUCUAUCUUUUGUUUCCUUUGGAACAAGAGUUUCAGUCAAUCUCGGCAACCACAAAUUGUGUUUCAAUGGACGAUAACAUUCUGGGCCUUCUCAAACUUCGAAUUAAAAGAGGUAUUAAUCUCGCAAUUCGCGAUGCUCGUGCCAGCGACCCUUAUGUUGUCGUCAAAAUGGGCGAACAGAAGCUGAAGACUCGUGUUAUAAAGAACAACUGCAAUCCUGAGUGGAAUGAAGAGUUGACCCUUUCUAUAAAGGAUGUUAAAACCCCAAUACACUUGACGGUUUAUGACAAAGACACUUUCUCUGUGGAUGACAAAAUGGGUGAGGCAGAUAUAGACUUGAAACCAUAUUUUGAGUGUGUGCAGAUGGGUCUGAAUUUGACCCAGCUCCCAAAUGGUUGUUCACUCAAGAGGGUUCAACCAGGCAGAACUAACUGCCUUGCUGAUGAGAGCAGCUGCAUUUGGCAAGAUGGCAAAAUUGUCCAAGAAAUGAUCUUGAGAUUGAGAAAUGUUGAGCGUGGGGAAGUAGUUGUGGAAAUUCAAUGGGUUGAUAUUCCUGGUUGCAAGGGCUUAUCAGGGGUAGAACUUUAAGUAUGUUUCCAUUCAUGUUUGGAUAAAUUUCUCCGGAAGUACUCCUAAGAAAAUAAAAUAAGUUUCUUUAUAAGUCAAAAUUAACUUGUGUAUAAGUUAAUUUUUGUUUUUGAAAAAGCUUAUUUUAUUUUUUCUGAGUAAUUUAAGAAAAGUUUAUCUAAAUGGGUUCUGAUAGGAAGCAUUGAAACCUUGGAUGUCAGCACUAGCUUAUGUCAGUGGUAAAUGUAUUGUAAUGAAAGCUUUGUGAUACUAUUGUUGAAUGUGUAAUCCUAAGUUGAGACUAGCUUUUUUACUUUAUCUUAUGGAGUGAGGCAUAAGUAAUUGCAUUGUCGAUAAAUGACAAUGCAUGAUUGGAUUCA